GUUUGAAGGCAGCACUUAUUCUGUUAGGAAUAAUACACCGCACGAUAAUUUGCUAUUGCAAUGCGGGCUGAAUUGUGCCACCUAUGGCAUUCUUAGUCUAAAUGCAUUGCAAGAUAACGGAACACUACGCGCUAGCUUUUGUCACUUCCUUGGCCUUUUCUGCACCUGUCAAUUGUCUGCUAUGCACCGGUGAGAUUCAAAGUUUCAUUUUGCUUUUGGCCCAUGGACACAGAAUGCAGGAGGGGGGCUGUUUCCUUUUGCGUAAGAAGGGGCUUUGAGCAAAUUAUAUCCGUUUCAUAAACCAGCCACGCCAGUCAGAAAUGUAUUACAUCACAAAUAAGACUGACAUCGCCCCGCGAGCCGAUAAUGCUAGGACAACACGUUGUCGUUUGGUAAGGAGAUAAUUUAAAAUGAUAAAUCAAUUACUCAUCCUAGAUUGACAAAUCACGUUUCAAUUUUAAACUUCUUGGUAAUGGGAAAAUGUGAUUGAACUAGAUUUUGACUAGUUGUUCAUUUAAUUUUAAACAUUUAAAAUACAUUUGAAGUUAUUCUACUGUUUUGUACUAUUAUUAUACACAAUAAUAAAUAUAAGAAACUUAAGACCGUCUGUCCACUUGCGACGGAACUUUUAUGUUGAGAGCAAAAGUUAGAGAGAGGAACAGUGAAAAUGAAAUUGAGAUGCCUUGAUGUCGAUGUAAAGAAUGUUCAUUCUUGCAUGUAGUGAAAAAGUUUUAAAAGUAACUUAAAAUUUGCUUAAUGAUAGUCCGAAGUAGCCAGCAGAACACCGAUAGGGCUAAAUUAAGAUCCACAUUGAAUGAGCUGGUUCUUAAUAUUUUAAUAAGACGCGAAUAAGGUUACACAUAGCCCAUUAAAGUGUUCCGUUAUUCAAAGUACCGCAUGCUGCUGCACACAACGUCUCCCUGGCGUGGUGUUUAACUGUUCACGCGUGGCUGUGGAGAGCUCAUUAGAAACUGGUGUCUUCCCCAGUCGCUUCAGUUGAAUCAUUGACUGUGACUGAAUUCACUUAAUUCGCGAGAAAAUGUUUUUCAAGAAGGUGCUACGCGUUCUGCCCGGAGCCACCUUGACGUUUUUCAUAAUCUUGCUUGUGGAUUUACAACUGCGGGCGCGACACUCCCAAAAGAGCAAUAAAGCAUCUUUAUUCCGAGGGCUGUUUGUGCGUAGACCGGCACAAGAUCUCCUUACCUCAGCUGGAGAGCGCGAACAGAAAUCGCUGGAUAGCCCAUUGGAUUUGGCGGAGGCCCCGCAGACUGGCAGUGCGUUAAGACAGGUGAACCAGCCGUACGGACGAAAAGAAAUCCAGCCGAGGCUGCUCGAUGCCCACCUGCAGCUUUCAGACAUAUUUAUUGCUGUUAAGACCACCGGCAGAUUUCACAGCACACGCCUGUCUCUGUUGUUGGAAACGUGGAUAUCAAGAACAAAGGAGCAUACCUUCAUCUUCACGGACACGGCGGAUAAAGACGAGGCUUUGAAAGGGUACAACAUCAUUGUCACCAGCUGCUCCCCCGAGCACAGCCACCAAGGACUGUCCUGCAAGAUGUCCGCCGAGUACGAUUACUUCAUGGCCUCGGACAAAAAGUGGCUGUGCCACGUAGACGAUGAUAACUACGUGAACCCGGGUGCGCUGCUGUCCCUGCUGUCCGCCUUCCCCCCGGACGGUGACGUCUACGUGGGCAAGCCCAGCCUGGAUCACCCAAUCAGAGCCCACGAGCUGCUGGAGGACAACAGGACGAGAGAAGUGGAGUUCUGGUUCGCCACCGGAGGAGCCGGCUUCUGCCUGAGUCGGAGGCUGGCCGAGAAAAUGGCGCCCUGGGCGAGCGGCUCCAGGUUCGAGCGGACGUCGGCGGUGAUCCGCCUGCCGGACGACUGCACGGUGGGCUUCAUCGUGGAGAAGAGGCUGGGCGUGCCGCUGGUGCAGAGCGCCGCCUUCCACUCGCACCUGGAGAACCUGCUGCAGCUCACGCCGCGCCAAAUCCCACUGCAGGUGACCCUCAGCUACGGGCUGUUUGAGAACAAGAUGAACAGCGUGGAGCUCAAGGGGACGUUCUCCAAAGAGGAAGACCCCUCCAGAUUCAAGACUGUCCACUGUCUGCUGUACCCCAUGACGAGCUGGUGCCCCUGACUCCCUGGACUACACUUCCCAGCAGCACCACGGAGCCUUCUUUUGGUCAGGGUUGAUGGAGGACCUUCCUGAAGUAGUGGUUCUGGGUAGGGGCGAGCGAGCGGGUGGGCCCCAUGCGACGGGACUGCACUCGCUCUCAGAGCCGCCACGAACUGCAGCAUCCCGCUUCCUCGCAGCACGGGCAUGUUGGAGGGGGGUGCGGGGGGUCAGGCCCUCAGGAGCUCCACGGAACUGUUGCCGUGGAUACUGAAGCCCCACGGGAGUGUCAGACAGACGGACGGAUGGAUGGACGGACGAACCGAUGGGAGUGGGGUGGGGGUGGUUCAGUCUGAGACUGCAGAACUGAAGGUGCUCCUGGGUGUCAGAGCUGAGUUUAAUUUUGGCUUUUUUUUGUUGCUUGUUUAAAAUGAGGUGCAGCACCUGGUAGAUAUCAGGGACUUUAAGCAUCGGCGGCUGCAGGUAUGGCUACGGUGAUCAGAAAUAAAUCUGUGCUCUUUGGCGCAUGCGUGGAUUUCACUGGCUCCCGUCUCCCACCAUAGCCUGUUGAUGUUCUGUGUGAAAGUUGUGUUUUCCCCAGAGUAGAUCGGCUGGCUACCUUGGCAGAUGGGAGAAAGUCUAAUUCAUGCAUGCGCAAAAGAGCGCAGGUUUAUUUCCGAUCACACUAGCCGCGCCCACAGCUGCCGAUGCUUAAAGUCCCUGUUCAGUCCUGCAGCACCCAUGGCUGUGUCACAGGCUUUGAAUUAACAGGCAGGUACUGUGGCAGAGCGAAUAAGGAAUUGAUCCGGUAAUUCAAAGGCCGCAGGUUCGAUCCUCUGGCAAGGCCACGGCCAUCGAUCCCUUGGACUGGUGUGCGGAACCUGAGAUGAAUAUCCUGCUGUAAAACAGGGUGUCACUUAUGAGCUGCAGGUGUGCUUGAACUCAGGUGUCUGCACUGCAAAAAAAGUCUUAAACAGCCUUUUUUUCUCUCACAUGUCUUACCUCAUUGGCAAAUCUUGAAACAAGGCAAUCUGUCUCACCUCAUUGGCAAUCUUUUUGCCUUGUGUAGCAAAAAAAGGUAAAAAAUACGAGUUUUUAUGUUUAAGUACUUAUUUGUUUUUUAUUUAUUUGUUUGUUUGUGCUAUACAAAUGCAGCACACUUUUUUGUGGGAUUUAUUACAAUAUGCUUCUUAGAUUGUCACACAUCUGACUCUUCCACUCAGAUUUGAUUCAGGAAGGCAUCAGUGAUGGAAGAAGUAAAAUUAGAAAUUGAAUAAAGAUCAUUUUACGCAGAUUUAAACAUUA